AUGGUGUGUGUUACUAAUAAACCCCAGUCUGUGAGUGUGACUCUGUCUCCAUUCCCUUCAUCCUGUUCAGACGUAAAUGAGUGCAGGCGUCUGCCAGCAGUGUGUCCUCACACUCGUCCGGUGUGCACCAACACAUACGGACACUAUAAGUGCAGCUCAAAGAAGAGAUGUGUUGAGGGCUAUAAGCCCAGCAGGGACGGCCGAGCAUGUGUGGCUGUGUCCUCCCGGUACGACAGCAGUGUCUCUUCCUCUCCUGUCUGUCCUGGUUUUCCUCUCUCUGAACUUCUCCUGAUCUCAGUGCUGGGUGUCUCUGGAGGUCUGUCUCCGUGUCGUUGAGUCUCUGUAGGUUUUCUGUUCUGGUCCGACUCACUGUCUGUCUCGAUGAAGACGGACCUCAGAGUGAUCAGAUGAUGCACAAACAGGAUGAAGAUCUUCAAUCAUGCUUUCAGACCUCUAGAGGCUGACUAAAAACAUUACUGCAUGAAUAUUUGUCUCCACAAGGAGAAGUCACAGGAGUAGAAGAGCUGAACUGGAUGAAUUCAAUGAGUCACGAUGAUUGUCUUUCCCCAGACCUUACAUGUUGACACUUUACAAUAUUAUGGCACUUUAAAGCUGCAUUCUUUGGUUAAAAAGGAUCCAAAAUCAGUAAAUGAUUAAGUAUAUAACCAAUCAGUGUUCAAAACUAUCUCCUUAACUUAGCCCCUGAUUCUCAGUAAGCUAGUAAUGUUCUCUAAUUCGGCUUUGGGUCGGAUUUCGCAAGAAAUGCCAGUUUGUGACACUGUUAACACAUUUGAGAACAAAUUAUAAUAUUUGCAUGUUUGAUGUGAUCUGAGCUAGCUUUACCAAUUUUUUACAGUUUUGGUUAAGUGCAACUGGCAGACAUGUUACUUCAGAUUUCCAGCGAUACUUGUUAUUUUUGACAUAUUUCCAAGAUGUAUCUGUAAUUCUGAAGUACAUACAGCUCAAAACAUAAGAUUCAUCCGCGCUGGAGCCAUGCCGAUGCACAGCCCACUUAAAGAAGAACAUCUCAAACAGAGAUGGUGACAAAGAGGCA